GUUUUUGGAUCGCGGCGCCGCAGACAGACGCAGGACGCGAUGUUCACCAGACAUCAACUGUCCACAUCACCUCAGCGCCCCUGCUGUUUCCACAUAUCACCAUACACAGACGAGGCCGCUCCAGGAUAUGUGGGCAUCCGGAACUCAUAUACGCACCUUGAGCGUCCACAAAACGCCAUACGUCUGCCCAGCAUGCCAUCGCCACCUGCGGCGUCAAUUCCCAACUCUUCUGCAACGAAAGACUGACGAUGCCACUGGCACAAUCAGUGGCAAUGUCGCUAGGGGACGACGCAGACCAUCGUACAGCGCAAGACCUCUGAGUAGUACGGGCAUAUCGCGAAGUCAAGCACAAACAUCUCAGAGUCCUGCCACUUCCGAUCCACGGCACAACUCUAUACCUGACGUCCUGGGUCCGACCUCCAAACAGAAAUCCACACAGAACUCUGUUAUUCGUGAUCACCUUCGAGCAUGGAGCCUGCAAAAUCAGAGAAACCAGGCUGAAAAUGCUGAAGCACAAUACAACACUUCGGCGAGGCUAUCUACAUUACCACAAUCCCUAUUCAUCGAAGAGACACCAUAUGAUGAGCCUGAAUCAGGAGGGGAACUUGAUGAGUCCGAGGAAGGUACUUGGGGGGACUUUGCGAAUUUUGUAAACCCAGGCGAUCUGUUUUAUUUCCGUUCCCGCAUGGUUAAAGGUCGCCCGCAGUUUGGUGUCUUUUUAGCCAUGGUGGGGUUUCAGUAUCAAAUAUUUCUCGAGGAUGGACGGUGGAUUGUGGAGGACAGGGUCGACGUAGCAGUGUGUCCAGUCUUCCGAAAUUUCGCAUCUGCUGCGGAGGUUGAGUCCAUCAAAAAGCAUCUUCCGGUGAAGCAACUGGAAAAAACAAAGGAUGGCCAUGCUCUCAAAGUACUCAGGCAUUUCGCUGAUGAUGUGCCUCAUGCCGCCGCGGCUGAUGUGAAGCAAAGGCUUGAAAAGCUUCGCGACGAUGUGAAUGGCUUCCGUCGAGACAACCUUCCAAUCUUGGACACCAUCUACGAACAGAUUGCACAUGACGACAAGUAUGUCUACGUCUCUUACGACGAUAUCUUCCGAACCCUGUUUGGUCUUGGCCGAGAUCAACUUCCCUAUGCCGCCCAAGUCUCGGUGUUUCUCGCGCUGAACAAGCGGCCGGACACCAUACAGCCCGCCUGUCGCCUAAAAGACGCCGAGGCUUUCACGUUUUUGCCUCGGAGGUUAGUAAGGGGCAACGAGACAGUUUGUGGGUGGGCGCGACAGUAUCAAGAAUCUGCUGCUGAGGCUGCACUUGGGAAGAAUGUCUCGCAUGACCUUGAACGGAAUCCGUUAAGCGCUUUUGUCGACAAAGCCAGACGUCUGAUACUCAAAAGUCGGGCUUUGCGUUCUCCCACGACAACGGGCAUUCUUGGACCUAGCUCGAUUCAGUCCAUGUCAAAUGGCAAGAUCGCCACGAAAGAAACCGGAGUAGACUUCUCUGAGCAGGACAAGAUAAUCCUCGAAUUCCUCUGGGACUGUUACGUUCGUGAACCCUGGCCUGCACUGAAGAAUCGCAACCAUUCGAUCGGUUCUCUUAUCUUACGAGCUAUCGGUGCAUAUCCCAAGUUACGACUCGAACGCAAAAUUGGCAGCCUCCUUCUACAAGAGAUGGGGGUCCUUGCUCCGUGGGCAAAUCCAGUCUAUCACAACAUCGGCUACCAAAUCCCUGGAAGCAGGGCCGCUCCUGAACUCGACGACAUCUGCGCCGAGUCCGACAGAGCAUGUGAUGAGCUUGGACUUACGAAGAACCCUCACCACGAACUGCUCGAAGACUCAAUGGCCUCUCUACGACAUGACCUUGGAGACAUGCCCAUCUUCUGUGUAGAUGGCGAAUCGACGCGGAUCAGGGAUGAUGCUUACUCCCUCGAAGCCAACAACGACAAACCUGGAACGUAUUGGAUACAUGUUCAUGUUGCGCAUCCUUCCGCCUUCAUAGGCCCCGAACACAUUUUUUCGAAAAGGGCGAACCACCUGGGCGCGACCCUCUACAUCCCUUCUUAUUUUCCAAUGGUGCCAGAAGGUUUCGGAAAGGCUAUGAGCCUCCGCGCAGGCGCACCAUCACUCACGGUCAGUACUUUGCUGACAGAAGAUGGCGAGGUCAGGGACAUUAAGCUUCGACCAACGACGAUUCAUAAUGUUAUUCGCCUCCAACCUGCCGCGGCGGAAGCCGUGCUGGGGCGAUCUCAGCCAGAAAGCGCUUAUCUCUAUCUCGGUCAGAAGGCUGGCACGACCUUGCCUUUCGAAGAGCCAGUACCAGAAGCACAACUUGAGACAGCUCGGAAGCAUCAGCAAACACUUCAAAAACUUCACAAGCUUUUAUUGGCUCGCAGCCGAGCACGACGCAGAGAGAUAACUGAGCAUGCCACCUUUCCACUCACCAUAUACCCUGCCUCUGUUCGCGUUGACCAUGUGCAGCAAGAUGAUGCUCCUGAUCGAUUGUUUCGGAGUUACCAUUCCCUGGGCGAUCCAGCCAUCAAAUACUCCAGUCUACGUCACGAAAAGACAUUCAGGAUUUCAGAGCGCGAGGAAUUCGAAGGCCUGACGGGUUUGACCAUGGUUCUGGCGGGCGAGUCCGCGGGAAAGUGGUUCGCCGCUCGAGGUAUUCCUGUCUGCUUUACGGGUGCGAUACCUCAGCCCGGUUAUCCUUUAUCCGUGCUCAAUAGGAUGUCCCAGAACGAAAUCAAGCAAUUCCCCCUUCAGCUGAGCUUAUCUGAACCAAUACCGCACAUAUACUUGGAUAGUACGGCAUAUGUGCGGUUCACAAGUCCACUUCGACGAUGCACAGAUCUGCUUGCACACUGGCAAGCCGACGCUUACUUGCGAGCCGAAGCGCAACAUCUUGUCGCGCCUGGAGAGCGUGCGGACAGUAUUGAGCUGGCUUUUACGAAAGAGACGGUGGACAAGUACAUCGUGCAGCAAGAGGAAGUGCAACGACGAGCCGUGCUCGAAAUUGGAGCGGUCGACAGGCAAACUUGGCUCCUGCGUGCGCUCUUCCGUGCUUUUCACUUCAACGAGGCACAGCUACCGGAGACUUGGGAUCUAAGGAUUCAGAGGCGAAGUGAUAGGGUUAUACGCGAUGGCGACACUGGCCUACUCGGGCGCCUUCUGCCGUUUGAUGCGCCGGCCAGGGUGUUGGAGACUGCAGAAGGCUGGGAGAAAAGCGCGACCCACGCUUCAUAUUUGCCUGUCAGGCUUGAACUGGUCGACCUGGCUCAGAAAGUUGUCUUUUGCAAAGCAGUCGGGCCUGCGAGCCUUACACCUAACUUCACAGAUCCUAUUCGUGUUAUCGGCUAUUCUGGUACGCAAGGAAACGCAUCGUCAUGACGAUUGAACCUGUACUGUCCUUACUGGGAUACUUGAACAAGUGGAACCCGCCUGAUCUCGGCGUUUGAAGCGACAGACGACAAGUAGACUUGUCCAGUUCGCAUCACCUCAACGUCAAAUCCAUGGUGUCUGCGGCAAGGCAGUCAACAAUUAUAGGCCGAGAAAUCGCCAAUACCCAUAGUCAGCGUAUUUACUAUAGCUUUUCCCAGCCAGGGAGAUUGCAUCUCCGUGUAUCAAGUAGACCCUGUCGACUUCUUCACCACCCACCUAAGCGCCCAGAACGGAAGUCCAAUCUCAGCCUUCUCAGGUCGUACAGGAACAAGAACAGGGAUAUUCGGAAGGCUCUACCGGCAC